AUGGAAUCUGAGGACGAUGAUCUGAACAUAGCAAUUGCUAUGUCUUUGCAAGAUCAGGAAAAUUCAUCUUCAGCUAAUCCCAAUAAACAAAAGGAUUUCCGACCCCGGUCUCCUCCAAAGGAAAACAAAUCUAAACAAACAUCCUCUGCCACUUAUGAGAAACAACUAUCACCCACUCAACCACAACCCCAUGAAGAGGCUCAGAAUCAAAGGGUCUCACCGACACUCAUCAAACCCGCAUGUGGGAUUCCUGGUUUGGACAGGAAAAAAGAUGAAGCAGCCCGACUGGAACGGCUUGCUCGAAAAAGGAAACAUCUAGAACCGUCACCACAACCAGAGCACUCCGACAGAGGGAAGCGCUCGAAAUCAGAUCGUCACGAUGAUGCAGCUCAAGUCAUAGACCUUACAGCAGACUCCCCUAUCAGGCAACAGAAAGGGGUGAAUAAGGUUCAGUCAAACCUCACCGAAAACCCAAGCAAUCGAUCUCGACACUCUCACCGACCCGCAGAAACGGAGUCUCUUCCCAAGACAACCAAUGUCCCAGACAAGACGACACUGGAAUAUCCCCGGGGUGUCGUCAAGAGGACCUGGGCUUUUCGUUAUGAGAGAAAGGAUGAUAUCAAGAUUGAGGAAGUUUUGCGGAAAGCGGAUCUCAAUAUUGCCGUCCUAAGUUCGUUCCAAUGGGAUAUGGAGUGGAUUGUGAACAAAUUAGAUCAGACGCGAACCAAGAUGAUUUUUGUGAUGCAAGCAAAGGAGGAAGCAACAAGGGAACAAUACCGGAGGGAGACGGCAUACGCCAAACACGUGCGGUUAUGCUUUCCGCCAAUGGACGGGCAAGUCAACUGCAUGCACUCCAAAUUGAUGCUUCUUUUCUACAAAGACUUUCUCCGUGUCGUGGUACCAACAGCCAACCUCGUUCCAUACGACUGGGGAGAGACUGGGGUGAUGGAGAAUACAGUCUUCCUUAUUGAUCUACCUCGGCGACCUCAAGACGCUCCACGACUGAACAUUGAUGAAAACAAUUCCACCCUUUUUCAGAGAGAAUUGGUGUAUUUCCUGGAAUCUAUGGGAAUGCACGAGGAUGUCCGCCGAGGCCUUCUCAAUUUUGAUUUUACUGCGACCAAGGACAUUGCCUUUGUUCAUACGAUAGGCGGGUCACACAUGGGACAAAAGUGGCGGCGAACCGGUUAUUGUGGUCUCGGUCGAGCUAUUAAGUCACUGGGCCUUGAUACGAAUGAACCCCUAGAGAUAGAUUUUGUGACUGAUGAGUCCAUCAAGGCUUCAUCCAUCGGCUCCCUCAAUCAGAAUUUUCUGACACAAAUUUAUCUCUCCGCUCAAGGCGAUGACGGUUUGACUGAAUUUGAACGAAGAAAUAGCAAGUCAAAGAGUCGACGGAGAGUUGAAAGAAGGCCACCCGCAGGUGCUGAGCAGCAGCUAUCACGAUGGGUGCAAGAAAAAUUCCGCAUUUACUUCCCAACCGAAGAAACCGUUCUCGCAAGCAGAGGUGGACCUGGGAAUGGUGGAACAAUCUGCUUUCAACCAAGGUGGUAUAACUCAGACGUCUUUCCUCGCUCAUUGAUGCGAGACUGCAAAAGCUUGCGGGAGGGCCUCCUCAUGCACAACAAGAUUCUGUACGCCCGAUAUGAAAAACCAAGAGUGCUAGCAAAUGGCCUGAGAUGUGCUGCCUGGGCUUAUCUUGGUAGCGCUAACCUCUCGGAGAGUGCAUGGGGAAAAUUGAUCAAAGAUCGAGUUUCAGGAGGUCCGAAACUCAAUUGCCGCAACUGGGAGUGCGGUGUCGUGCUCCCGAUCCAUCUUCAUGGAGACACCAGUCCAGGCGCGACCCAACCAGUUGGCAUGGACAUAUUUCAGGGGCAUUUGCCGGCCCCAAUGUGGCUUCCUGGCCAGCCAUAUGGUGCUCGAUCACCAUGGUUCUACAGUGAACACGGGCUGUAG